AUGCUGCGUUUCUCCAGGGUAGACGCCACCGCAGUCACCGAGGUCCCUUUUCAAAGGAUGCACACUCCCCACCGAGCUCCGGAGGUGUUUUGCAGCCGCUCUGCCAGAGGCACGGGUAGGGGGCACCCUACCCCCACCCCCAGAGUCUGCGUGGGACUCUGGGGAAGGGGGGAGCAUCACCCUGGCUGCGGCGCCCAGCUCCUCUCGGCCCGCACGGGUUCUCGGGCUCAGCUUGGUGCGGGCUGGGUCUGGGGCGCAGCUGGGGGAGACGCACUCAGCCGUGGGCGAAGGGAGGCGGAGAGGAGGGGACGUGCCUUCUUUCACAACAGUAUGGUGAAUAUCUCCAACAUCACAGGCAUUGUAGGUACAACAGCGAGCAAAACAGAACUAGCCCUUGUCCUCAUG